AUGGCCUCAACCCCCUCCUCAUCCUCCCAGCUUACCCAGAUCAAGAGUAGACUCAAGACCUGGGAACGCCAAUUCAAGGCGAUCGAAGGUCGCGCGCCAAGCAAGGCGGAUAUCAAAGCAAACCCAGAAAUAGCGAAAAUGUAUUCUACUUACAACUCGUCUCGUAAGGGCCCGAGUGCAUCAGACGACCUUCCUAACCCGUCAUCAUCCCAUUCGAAUAGCCAUCAGCGUCAAAUUCAUACGACGCCCAAGAGUAAAACUCGCAUCGAGCGCUCGAAAGCAGCUAGCAAAAACCCAUCUCAAGAGAACCUCAACAACUCCCCUUCCAAAACUUAUGCACACGCGAAUUCGCCGAGUAAAAUCAGAAAGCUGGUCGAAGAUCAUUCACCUAGGAAGGCACAUUACGAUCGAUUGAGGCGAUCUCAAAAUAGGCCCGGAACUGGUACCAAGAACACGCCCAGUCACCCGCGUGCAAACCCCUUUGACCUAGAUUCAGGCGGUGGUAAGGGCAGUCCUGGACUAUUUGCCGAUCUUUUACUCGAAUCGAAGCGAGAGACACCACGGACGAAAGCCAGGAAGUUCUUGGACGGAGAAAUCAGUCCAUUGAAGCCUCGAUCAAAUCCACCCGAGCUGUCAAACCCUGCAAGCCAGGGCUUAGGAUGCGGAUUAUCUAGUUUCAUAAAGUCCCAACCAAUCCAAACACAAGACAAACCCACCCAGGAGAACGGAUUCGAUAAUCUUAAUGAUGACGAGGAUGACGAAGUUUUAGGUCCAUCACCAUUUAAACCGACAUCGAACAACGUGUUUCAACCCCUGUUUGAUGAACCUGAAGUUGAAUCAGAUGAUCAUUCACUCAGUCCCUCAAAGAUGAUCAAAUCCAAAUGGAAGAUUAACUCUGUCACACCAUUCAUUUCUCAAUCACAAAGCAAUCCAUCUGGCGACGGAUCGACUAGCAGUCGAGCCCCUCAAUGCGCUCAGAAAGAACCCAGUCAAGCCGGGAAGAAGAGCGUCACUUUUGGAACCAAACGAAAACGGUUGAUUUUGCCGGGCGAGGAAGAUCUCAGUUUUUAUGAAGAUCUGCCAGAUCCUGAAACUAAUGACUUAUCCAAACCGCGGCCAUCCGUGCUAAACAAGAAAAAACGCAUCGAACGAUCCAACAAUAACAAGAAAACUGGUGCUAGUAAUGCAGCGACAACAAAAGCUCAAUUAUCAGUCAAGAAGCGCGAGACCAAAUCGAAAAACAGUUUGUUAGCUAACCAAUCAGAAGACGGCUCUGACGAGUCUGGUGAGGAAACGACGAUUCUUCCCAAUUUACCGUUCGGCAAUCCAGACCAAUCGGCAGUCUACACUGAGCUAGAAACCUUUACAUUCACCACGCCGGGUGAGGCGGGAGAGGUCGACAAGGGGAAGAUAACUGCCGCGGUAACCGGGGCUCAUUCGGAUGGGAAAGAUAAGGGGAAGGCCAAAGCAGUUGACAGCGCGCCGGAUCCGAAGCCCAUCAAGUUGGGCACCCGCAAGGUCUUGGUCAGAGCUUAUCGGCCGAUCGAACCCAGCCAAGUUAGCCAGACUGAUUACUUGGGCGAGCUUCGCUCAACCGACUUUGAUGGCGAGGAAAUUGAGGCUGAAGACGAAGAAGCGGCUGCGGAAGACUCUGAGGAGGCUGAUGGCACCCAAUCUGCUGAGGAGGAUGAAGAUGAGGAUGGGGAUGGGGAGGAGGGGGAAGAAGAAGCCGACAAGGGGAUCUCAGAAGAGUUGAUGAACAUCCUCAAUGUCGACGAUCGACUUACGACUGACGGCGAGGACCGCCGACAACUCCUUCGCGAACGACGGCGUGAGAGGAAGGUCCGAAAGAUCCUGGAUGGGAUGACGUUGAUGGAGAAGACGCUAACGAAUCGAGCGACGCCAGUUGCGGGUGGCUCGGUCGCGCCCGGAGCCGUGGGUGCAAAGGCGAAGAAUAUGGGGGCAGGCCGGGGGAAGAAGCCGGCGACUGCGCAGAAACCGGCUGCAGGGGGCCGACUCGAUGCGCUGCGCUUGGCUGGAAAGGCGGCCGAGCAGGAGGAGGACCUUCGGUUCGAGCUCGCCUUGGACGAACUUGAUAUGGAACAGCAGCUCGAGGAAGAGGUCGUCGAUCUCGACGACGAUUGGGAGGACGAACCCGCUGGUUGGAAGAAUGAACUCCUGGAUCCUGACAUCGAUGAUGAUGAUAAUGAUGUCCACUUAGGCCUCGACCGAUUCGUCUUGUAA